AUGGCUAUGGUGCGCUUCAAAGUAGGGCAGGACCUCAUCCCUGAUGGCCUCACACUCCCUCAAAUACUCUCAUUUGUACACCUUGCUUCGGCCCUCAAGAACAACAUCAUUUUGGUCCAACCUCCUUCGGUAAUCCCUUCCUCGGCCCCUACUUCUCCACCCCCUGCAAUCUGCAACUUCCUUGCAGAUGCACUUGGAAUAUCCUUGGAGGCCACUCUGACUUGUUGGAAGUUACUGAAAGAAGAAGUUUGGACAUACACAACGGCUGAGCAGGAAGUUUUUGAGUUGGAAGCGGCCUUUCAUGAUCACAGAUGGAAACAAGGCAUCAUACUUGAAGCUUUUCUCACUCUCUACCUGCCAUCCCAAUUCUGCACCAACUCAUUGUGUGCCCGCUCGAAGCCUCUCAAAAAAGAUCAACACCACCAAGCCGUUGUCUAUACCCUAGUGCACAGAGUGCAGCCUGCGUGGUCUGUACAUCUUAGCUGUCAAGAUUGUUGCACAAAUUACCACAACAACUUCUCGGUCCUUGGUGGCCUUCAUACCUACUAUGGUGGUAUCCCAAAGUACAUCCAAGUUGGCGAGCACCAGUUUGUGGAGAAUACAGUGAUCAAUAUGUGGAUUACUAUGAUGCUUGUUGGCUGGUUUUCCGCUACGAACUGUGCACGCACAUACAAUAUAGCACUCUCAUGGCAACAGGAAGCUGACCUUGUAUUGGGGGGCUGGCAGUUUGGCACCACCCUCAUGACCGAACAUGUCUGGGAUGCCUUCAUCAUCUACAUGCUCCUUCAAGACCAUUGCACACAGGACAUCUGCAUGCAGGUCCCCCACACGGGAUCUCAGAAGGAUCGCUUUACUGAGCUCAUGAAGCAACAAUGA